AAACUAAACGUGUUACAAAUGUCAAAUAUAAAUGUAAAAUCAGCUGUUUUGUUUUGAGUCAAAACUGUUUGCAAGUCAGCUUUGUUUAUCAUAGUUUAAAAAGAUAACAAGCACAACAUUUCAUUGUGCCUUCAGUUCUGCUAUGUUGAAAAUGUCUUCACAGCUGGACAGCAUUAUAAACGCUUACAAGACUCUGACGAAGAUACCGUCAGUAGCUGGUGGAAAGCUGAACAAUGGAGCCAACAGGGUCACCACAAGGUGGUCAGUGCGCAACUUGGACAAGGGCAAGAGCACUGGAUAUGCUACAUCAUACACUUUAGACGGAGCCCUGAAUGUUAUCGCGCAAAGUGACUUUGGAACGGAUGUUAGCAAUGAGAUACUUUCAGCGGUAUCUCCGCGGGAGACGUUCAAGGCACUGAUCCGCGAGGAGAAGAAUGGCAAGGACUCGAAGAAGCAGUACCUUGAGCUGUGGAGUAGGAACACAUUGGCCCACAGCGUGGAUCUCACUAGUCUGGACAUACAUGGGGAUGUUUAUGCUGACUCGGAAUUUGGCAGUUUGGACUGGUCUCCUGAUGAGACGUCCUUGGUGUAUGUAGCGGAGAAGAAGCUGCCAAAAUUUGAGCCUUACAUCAAGAGGAAGGCUGAAGACAAACCGAAACUCGAUGGCAGUGGAGAGACCGCUCCGAAAAAGGGUGAAGAGUAUAUCUACAGACAGGAUUGGGGCGAGCAGUUGGUGGGUAAACACCUGUCCGUGGUGGUAAUGUUCCAGCUGUCUUCGGAGACCUUCACCGUGCUCAGCGGUAUACCUGACGGAAUGUGCCCUGGUCAGGUCCGUUUUUCCCCGGACGGGGGUAGCGUAGUAGGCGUAGUGUGGGAGACAGAGCCUCGCAGACUCGGCCUCAUUUUCUGCACCAACCGGCCCAGCUACAUCUUCGAGUGUACUCUUGAUGGAUCCUUCAGGAAGUUGAGUGGGGAAGGUCUAGCGGUAAGGUCCCCUCGAUUCUCCCCGGGGGGUGAGCUGGUGUGGUUGCAGCGCAAGGCGGACGGACCCCACCACGCCUGCCACCAGCUCGUACUCAGGAAGAAGGAUGAUGGUUCAGUAUCACCAAUAAUAGAUAUAAUAGACACAGAAAUGCAGAUUGCUAAUGGAGAAAGUUUCCACGGCGUUUACUGCCAAGCGUUGCCGACCCGGUGUUUCACAUCGGACGGUAGGCUCGUAAUGUCCACGCCACAGAAAAAUGAAGUACGCUCCUAUGUCGUUGAUAUAGGGUCGGGCAAGAUAACGGAUAUUUCAAACAAGAGCUGGCCAUGUUCCACCAGCGUUUUGGACGUGUCCGGUGACGUCAUACUGACCGCGUGUUCCAGUCUAACUACCCCGGGACAGGUGUACGUAGUGCGACUGCCCGCGGCGGGCAGCGAGGGGAACAUCAAGUGGACCCGCGUCACCUCCAACUGCGAGGCCCCGCCCUCCGUCUCCUCCUCCACGAUGCAGUACCUAGACUUACAGCACCAGGACUCACAGGAUACCGUCAAAUCGUUUACAGCGUUGUAUUUGGCUCCUAAGACGGAAGAUAAGCAACUGCCUCUGAUCGUGUGGCCUCAUGGAGGACCUCACUCCAAUUUUGUAAACGCCUUCUCAAUUGAAGCUGCCCUCUUCAAUAUGCUGGGUUUCGCAUCCCUACAAGUGAAUUACCGCGGUUCAACGGGGGCGGGGCAGGACUCUGUGCACUAUCUACUCAAACGGGUUGGGGACGCAGAUGUCAAAGAUUGCAAACUUGCUACAGACUAUGCGCUUAAAACGUUCCCAAUUGACCCCAAAAAGGUCUGUCUAACGGGAGGCUCUCAUGGGGGAUUCUUGGUCACCCAUCUUAGUGGGCAGUAUCCAGAUGUUUACGCCGCCGUAGUCAGUAGGAAUCCAGUUACUGACGUCGCGAGUAUGUUCAAUUCCACAGAUAUAGCUGAUUGGUGCGCAGCAGAAGCUGGUUUCGAGUUUACGGAGAAGGGUCCCGUGUCUGAAGAACAGUUGCUGGCCAUGCGUCGAUGCUCGCCCAUAGCUCACGUGCAUAAGGUGAAAGCGCCCACGGCCCUCAUGCUUGGAAGCGGAGACAAACGGGUGCCGCAUUUCCAGGGCUUGGAGUAUGCUAGAAGAUUGAAGGCUAACGGAGUUACUACCAGAAUCUACAUGUAUGAAGACAAUCACUCGCUGUCGUCUCCAGCGGCUGAGAUGGACAACCUCAUCAACGGCGCCCACUGGUUCAUGGAACACCUCAACUUAUAGUACCAACACAAAAAUAUGUAAUGAAAAUAAACCUAUAAAAAAUGUAUCGACAAUACA